UUUUUUGAAACUGUCACAAAGAAUAUAAAAAAUACAAAAGUAGAAGUAAUUUUGUUUGAAAGUAAUAUCCAAUAUAAAGAAAUAGCAGUUAAAACAGUUGAUACUAUAAUAAAUAAUCAAUAUAUAUUUUAUAGAAAUGGUAAAUUAGAGCUUAUAAAAAAGCAACUAGAAAUAACUAAUAAUUCUAUUGUAAAUAAAAAAAGUGAAACUAAUAGUAAAGAGGACCAG